AUGGGCGCUACCCGCGUUGACGCCCCGGCCGGCGGGAUCUGCUGCCCGCGCCACCGCAUGCAGUUGGGCGCGGCGUGCUGCUCGUUCCUCUUCGGCGCCGUGUACGUGCUCGCAGGCGCUGGCUCAGGCGGCGCCGGCGAGCUGGAUGGGGUGCUCUCCGCCGACUGCGGGUGGCUCGAGUGGCUCUCGGGGGAUCCUGUGUGCGCCGACGGCCUGCCGGUGAGGGGGUCGUCGGCCCAGGCGGCCUCGGCGCGCCAGAUUUCUGACGGCCCGGGCGCCCUCCGCGCCCCCCCGCCGCGCCAGGCGCACGACGGUCCAGGCGCCCUCCGCGCGGCCGGAACGCGCCGCGGGCCUGCGCCGGGGCUGGGCGGGUGCACGUUCGAGGAGCAGGUGCUGCUCGGCGCCGGGCCCCACGACGAGGCGGCCGCGAGGCGCGAGGGCUCCGCCUACGCGUGCGCGCGCGGCUGCGGGCGGGGGGGCGGCCGGCGCUUCUUCUCGUUCCACGGCGCCACCGGGGCGUGCUGGUGCGAGGAGUCUGACGAGCACAGGCAGCCGGACAGCCGCUUCGUCUCGGGUGCCGCGUGCAGCCUGGAGCACCCCGCGCUGGCGGGCCCGCACAGGCCGAAGGGAGCGCAGUGGAUGCAGGUGGCAUACCUGACUGAGCAGAAGCACGUGCAGGUGUCCCAGUUCGGUGAUAUUCGCGGAUUCACGGUCGCUGGGAGCAAGCUGAGCGAUGACGAGAUCAACGCUAUCAGUUGGGACGUGCUCAAGUUCGAGCCCGAGAGUAAGGAUUACCCAGUCACUUAUUUCAGCUUCUCUGGAGUCAAGUUCCUCUCUAAGGAGUCGCGGAUGCCUUUCCCUUACGCUCUGAGCGAAAUGGACGCUCUGGCUGGUUGGUGGAAGAGGGACCCGUGCAACACGAACCCAGUCCUGAACUUCGGUCGCGGCCACUGCGCGUACACCGUCAAGUCCGCCUACGCGUUCCGAGACUCCGGCCCGAUCGUCGGAGUGGACGGCGUGAAGCCGGGAGGGGUGCGGCUGUACGUCAACGCGAAGGCCCACUGGAUGCAGGUCGCGCACAUCGGCCAGCGCGGUCACAUCACACCAGCACAGGCUGGGGACACGGCGAGGUUCCCGCUCGGGAGCAAGCUGAGCGACGCCGAGAUCAAUCGGUACAGGUUCAGCGUGGUGAAGUUUGUGCCAGUGGGCAGCUCCGACCCCACCCUCUACUUCGACUUCGCGGCCAUGCCGUUCGACUCCACGGCCGCCCGCAGGGUCACGCCCUACGCCCAGAGCGAGGCCGACGCCUUGGACGGCAAGUGGCAGGAGGACAUGUGCGGCUCCCUGGCCGUUCUCAACUUCGGCCGCGCGUCUUGCAGCUCCGGGACGCGGUCUGCAUAUGGCGUGCCUGCCAGCGAUGGUGGAGGUGCUGACAGGGGCCCAGUCGGCAGCACCGGCAAGCCUGGGAGCUUCAGGCUGUACAUCAACGCGCAGGGGCUGCUUCGCCAAGGUACGUCCAAGGCCAUGGAAGUCGCAUGCCCUCCCGUGAGCGUGGUGGCUGGGCGGUGUGGCAAGCUGUUCGGCAGGUGCAACGCGGACCUCAGCGCAGGCGCUACGGCGUGCGACGAGCCCACGGGCUGGUGCAGAGAGAAGCACUCGGACACGCAGCAGGACACGGGGGCGUUCAACUGGGAGCCGUCGCAGGGGUGCCGUCAGGCUGGGGCCGCGGCGCCCCCGGCGGGAGGUCAGGGCGCGCGCAUGGAGGUCUACCUGUUCCAGGAGGACCCCAGCCGUCCAGUGCACCAAGCCGGCCCGGUGCAGCUGCUCAGAGAGGGGCCAGGUGUUGUCCGUAGCCACAGGCAUCGAGAGGUGUAA